AUGGUGCGUGUUUUCGUUGCUGAAGUUGUUUGCGGUUGCUUUCAACCUCGAACCAACAUCAAGAGGAUGUGGGCCCACGUUCGUUCGCUUCCUCUUGAUGACAAUGUCUGGGCCAAGGAUCGGCAACAUGUGGGCGAUCUAAAAGACAUUUCCGUCGGCAUGGUGGUCGGUUUUCUUUCAUCGCCAUGCGCCGAGCAAGGGCACGAUAGGCUUGCUGUGGAAACGUUUAGCAAUGCGCUGCUUCAGGCCACGGCGGUCAUCGUGGUAUUGGCCGCCCGCCGUGGAGGUGAGCAGUUUGAUGUUACGGUUCCCAAGCAUCCGGGGGGCGUCAUCGGCGUCGGGGCUCGCCGGGCUAGCACGGCCAGCACAGGCAACAACAGCCUCCGUCAAGGAGGUUGCAACGCCAGCAGAUGGUCACGAAAGUCGUGGCCAGGUGCCGAAGGCGGCAGUUCCAUGCUGUUCUGGAAAUGUCAGGACAACUUUGGGAGCAGCGCCAUCUUUGGUGUUGCGCUUGUGGGAGGAGGCAACGCGGAGAAGGAACGUACGUGGAUGGAAUCCUUUGAUCCAAGCGCGGUUGUUGAGGAUCUCUAUCUCCCGGAAGUCACCGCAUCACAUUCCAGUGGUGUUCGUGCGUACAUCGAGAACAAGGCUUCGUGCGGGAGGAUAGUCAUUGACCGCUUAAGUGAUGGCAGCAGGUCUUGUGGGUUCACCUGGCAUCUGGAAGAUGAUGGCGCCGUGGGAAUCCGUGGGACCACCUACGUGGAGCUGAAUGAACAAGGGCUGGUGAGCUACGUGCGGGAGAUCUGUGAGCCCCUGUUUAAGCCCGGUGAUGCAACAGUAGAACUCCUGAAGGCAAUUGGCGGUGAGAACGUGGCUUCGUUUGACAGGGUGCCCUGUCUGAUCUUGAAGAUGUUGUCGCUGAGAUGGAGUGAUGCUUGCGAGGUCGAGCCCCGCACCCCAUCGGGAGCUAGCGACAUUUGCCGCUAUCUUUGGAGCGAACUGCAGGGCAAUGCUGCACCUUCCGAGUCACUGGGCUUCUUCGCAGACGAGGUAUUGUACGAGGACUUCAACUACGAGCUGCCGCUGCGUGGCAAAGCUGAAGUGGGUGCCUUCUUGGAGAAGUUUGCUGAGAUCAAGGCACUCAAGUUUGUAGCCGAGCGAUUUUCGGAUGGAUCCAAAUCAUGCUGCUUCACCUGGAACGUUGAGAUUUCUGGCGCUUCCUCCGAUGCCCCAAGGACCCGCGGCAUAUCAUUCUACGAGCUGAACAGUCAAGGUGAAAUUUCAUACGUUCGGGACAUCCCCGAGAGCUUGUUAAAGCCGCCCCCGCUGCAGGCCAUCGCGUCAGCUAUCCGACCGAAAUUGCGGGUGUUUCAGCCAAGAAGCACUGUCGUUUCUGGUGAAACUGAGUCUCGCUGCAACUGUGCUGAUGCGGGUGGCGUGGUGUGGCCGACUGGUGAAUGUGUUGAUGGGACAACGGUCCUGGAGCAGCUCGUCACUGGGUCGGAUGCCAGAAGGCGAUCCAUCUCCGAGGAGGUUGGAACGGCCUGGAGCCUGGAGACGCCGGAGACCGUACGAGAGUCGCAGAUCGAAGAUUGCUCCGUCUGCCAGGCAAGCGGUGCCGUAGUAGUCUUCCUCCGACACCUGGCCUGCCCCUUGCCCAAGGUGAUUAGGGGAAGGUGUCGACCUGACGUGCUGAAGCGUGUGGAGGAGUCACGUCCUGCUUUGCUUUUCGACCCGCAUGGCGCAUUCUCAGCAGGUGCCAUGGGAAGUCAAGGUUCCUCGGACGAAGGCGCAGACAUUCUUCACCUCUGCGAUCACCUGGUGGCUUCCUGGGACUGGUGUGCAGGUGUCUCAUUGGAGGCGCACGGAGUGGCCGAUUUGUGUGCUCUGUCGGCGCUGACCUUGUUCCGCUACAUCAGCAAAGUCACUUCUUUGGCCCCACAGCAAGAAGACUCUAGCGGGGUGCCAGAGGUGCCAACUCCCAGAGCGCCUGCUUCAGUGAAAAUUCAGUGCAACUUCAGCGCAAUGCGGUUCUGCCGGGAGGGUGUCCUCUUGCUCGGUGGCACCUUCGUUGUGAGGGGCGAAGAGGCACCUUGCAAUGCAGACAAGCUGUUUGGCUGGUGCGAAGCCGUUGCCCGAAAUGCAGGACGUGUGCGCGCGGGUGUGGUUAAAUCGCAUAGCUUGUCCAUACCCUGGGUCUUCUUGCUGUGGAUUUGCAUUUACGAACGCUACCUGCCGCUACCUGACUGCCCGGUGAUUAUCCUCGGCAGGAUCCACAGCUUCUCGUGGCACAGGUGUUCCACUUUCCAUGAAGUGCAAAAGCGUAGCGUGGCGAACCAUGCACUCAUGCGUGUCGCCUCCUUGCCGCCUUCCGCAGAUGGAUUUCCAGCCAGCAGAAGUUUUCGCGGGCUUGGCUCGCCCGCAGUAGUGGCAACGAUCCACGUGGUUCGUGACAGGUAUGCUGGGUUCAAGUGCAGCCAACGCGCAUGCUCCAACCUUGAACAGUUUCUGGAGUUGCGUGAACCGCCGUGCGACUACUUCGGCAUGCUAUUGCUGAGACAUGGCACAAUCUCAGGUGAUGAGCUGCAAGGCUCCCAUGCCAUGCAAGCUGAACCUACAGUAGCCUUUACAGAGGAACUAAUGCGGAGCACCAACAAUCUGGCAUUCUGGAGUGCCUUUGGCUUCCGUGCCAUGCCUCAAGCUGCGAUUGGACCUGGAGGCGUCGUCUUCUGGGCACAGACCCUAGUCGCAAUGCAGGAAUACGAGGUUGAUAUUGUCAUCUGCCCAGGUCAUGUGCCUGGUGGUGGGCGGCUCGUUCCGGCAAAGGAGCUUCCGCUGCGUACGAAAGGCAGACUCGUGUGGGGGAACACUGGGGACUUGGGCCAGGCUGAGUCAAAUUGCACAGGUCGCUUUGUCGUGGGGCAGUCGGGCAGGAUCGCGGCCCUGGGUUUCAACUGCGUCCGGCUUCCCUUCAGCUUGGUUGCGAGCUUGGCACUGACAGACGUUGGCCUGCUCGUGGUCUUGAACAACCAUGAACCGGAAAUCGGAAGGCAAAGCAACGAUGCAAGAGACCAGUCAUACAUUGAAAUGACAACGUUUUUGACGUUUUAUGCCCGCUGCAGUGGCCGAAGGUACUCUGAGAGGGAGUGGCUUCGCGGCAUCGGUCUAGUUGCGCGAAGGUACCGUGACAAUCCUCGAGUUGCUGGAUUUGACUUGAGGAUGACACUUCCUACGUGGGGUUCGGGUGACCGCCUGACGGAUUGGUCCAUUGCUGCGAUCAAGGGUGCCAAGCAGGUGCUUAGCUACAGCCCAGACUUGCUGAUCGUCAUCUCAGGCAUCCACUUCGGCAUGCGCCUGUCGGAGGUCCCGAAUCGACCCAUCCAUGACGAGGACCUCCGCUCAGCAUUCCAGUCGAACCGGGAGUGUUUUGAGGGAUGUGCCGUUCUGAAGGAGGGACUCGGGUCCCUGCUUUGUGGAAUCGCACGGUGCCCCAUAAAGUCCAUUGUGCAGUGCAGGGCAAGAUGCAUCAUUGUAAAAGUCCUGAGAAAGGUGUACACAACGCACUUCUAUUAUGGCUGGUCCUUCGACUUGAUGGCCUACGAUCCUGGCCUAGCAUUUGAUUUUUGGCUUGUGUGCGACCCCCACAGCUCAUGGAUGUACUUGUUUUCAAGUAAGGACAUGCUGGGGAGGAUGCUCUUUGCUUGCUGGCUUUGGUUCUUGCUGUUGGCAGACUCCCAGACAGCCAAGAGACGUCACAACGCGCUGCCAACAGUGGGAGCUGUCCGCUGCGGCUGUGGUCGUGUGCUUGCAGGCAUGUGCAUGUGCGAGGGGCUUCUGCGUGCAUCUCGUCCGCGUCAUGUGGAUGAGGUGAUCCUCUUCUCCAUAGGAGAGCACCUGGGUCAGACCUGUGGCCACGUCCACAUCGUUGAGGAUAAGCUUUUUGGGAAGGAUGUGGUUGUGGUGGGCAAUACAAGUGUGAAGUCUCUCAUUGUGCUUUUCACGCUUUCCUUCGUGGCUCAGCUUGUAAGCUGGGGAGACAAGGUAUCUCCACCAGCUUUUGUGGUGGCAACAAGCGUUGGGUUCCACAUCAGCUAUGUCUUAUGGGUGAGGAUCUUGCUGGCCUACACGCUUGUGCUCUUCACUGGGCUAGGUAAUGAGCAGGCGUGGAUCCUCUUGCAGAUGGCAGCUGUUCCAGCAGAGCACCCCCUUGAGGAGGCGAACCACGGCCGCGAAGCCCGCGAUGAUGCAGAUGCCUCGGUGGGGGAGGUCGAGGAGGCCACGGUGUUUCUUCGCGGCGGAGUCGAAGUCUUAUCAGCAAGCACUUCGACGGAUCUCCGGAUGAGGUUCAGGAGCUUGACGCUCGCCAUUGGCCAGAUUUUGGCACCGAGCUGCCUGGUGAAGCCAUUACGUGAGAGGAAAAUCCUGUUUGCUGCGGCCGCCGCCGCUUUUCUUGCGUCUGUCUUUGCCAUUGGUUCCAAGUGUGGCUCCUAUUCCAACUUCCAAGGUCUGGCUCAGCGAGUGCGGUUCCCAGAUGUUCCCAGCAAGAUUUUAUCGGUGCUUGGCACGUUCGAGUGCUUGGCACGUUCGACGCUUGAAGACUGCAUGAGGACGGCGGUCGACACCAAAGCUGGCCCUUCGAACGCAAACGAGCAGCAGCUUGACUUCGCCUAUUGGAGCAUCAAUGGCGACAAGCGAGCCAAUGAAAGUGAGACGUAUGGGCUGCUUCAGGACUUGGUGGCCGUGCUUACAGGUCCUUGCGCAGAAGUACUGCGACCGAGGCCGGUGCUGGCAGGCUUGACGGGCUGGCUGGCCCUGAUGUACUCCAUCCAGCACUCGAUGGUGACGGUGCCCUUCCUAACUGGUAUGCAGUAUGAGUACUUUCCGAUUAUUGCUACCUUUGUGGCAGGCUACACCGUCAUCGUGUUGGAGGAGCAGACUGAGAUCAACAAGGCAGCCACCGCCCUCAUCUUAGGAGUGCUGGUGUGGGCCUUGGUGGGCACCGGAGUAGACAUGACGGCUUCCGCCUUCGACUUGGCAAUCAAGGAGACGUUGGAAGACGUUUCCGAGGUUGUCUUUUUUCUUCUGGGCGCCUUGACCAUUGUGGAGAUCAUGGAUGCCCACAAAGGCUUUGACAUCAUCACGAAGCUGAUCCAAGCAAAGACUCAAAAGGAGCUGCUGGUCAUCGUGUCUGUUCUGACCUUUGUGCUUUCUUCCGUGCUGAACAAUCUGACAGUGGUCAUCGUCAUGGUGUCUCUGCUCCAAAAGCUCGUGAAGGAUGAAGACUUUCGGAUGAGGCUUGGUGGAAUCGUUGUGGUGGCAUCCAAUGCCGGCGGAGCCUGGACGCCCAUUGGUGACAUCACAACUACAAUGCUGUACAUUGGCGGCCAGGUGACUACCGUGCCGUUGCUUGCGAACCUGUUCAUUCCGAGCGUUCUUUGUUUGAUUGGCACAGUGGGUUAUGAGCUGGUCCAGAUGGACGACAAGCCCUUUGAGCGAUCUCCAUCUCGUCCGGAGGAUGCAGAGGUGCCCAAUGGCCAGGCCGUGGUGUUCUGGGGGGGCCUGAUCGGCAUGAUCACAGUCCCGGCAUUCACUGCCGCGACCCAAUGCCCGGCUUGGAGCGGGAUGAUGCUUGUCUUGGGCCUCCUGGGUCUCAUCACAUCGCUGCUGCACGGCCCGGAGGACAAUCGCUACUCGCUGAAGGGGGCGCUCACGCGAGUUGAGGUGCCGGAUGCGUUGUUCUUUCUGGGUGUCCUCUUCGCCGUUGGUGGCCUUGAACGAGUAGGUCUGCUCAAGGAGUUUGCCAUCCAGCUGAGCAAUCUCGUGCCCUCUGAUGCCUUGGUUGCGAUCUUCCUGGGUUUUGCUUCUGCAGUGGUGGACAACGUUCCGCUGGUUGCAGCUGCACAGGGCAUGUACGACAUAGGAGUGCAUCCUGCAAACGACGGCUUGUGGAACCUGAUCACGUACUGUGCUGCCACAGGCGGUUCGCUUCUAGUCAUCGGCUCUGCAGCAGGUGUUGCCUUCAUGGGCAUGGAGAGGAAUGUUUCCUUUGGAUGGUACUUCAAGAGUGUGGCCCCAGCAGCACUGGUGGGUUAUUUCCUGGGCGUCGCUGGAAUUUUGGGCCAGCAGGCGCUCGGACUGAGCGUGGCAUAG